CUUUCUUUGCAACUUGCAAUUGUCAGAGAGCAGGAUAUACUCUCGCAUUCAAAUUGUAUAUCACUAGGAAGUAGUGCUCUACCCCUCCUACCAUAUCAGCCCUUGACCAACCAACCAACCCCCUAUGCUAAUCCCACUGAAAUGUCCCACGACCUUUCCCCCUGACGAUCCUCUCCUGGCCCAGCUUGCCGCUGCGCUCAGUCCAGACGCAUAUCAUGCCCUGGAACCCAUCCUGCAGUCUCUUGCCACCUGCAUUAUCUCUGCAGAAAGUUGCAGCUAAUGCAGCGCAACAGAACUUGAUGCAACAGAACCCCUACUCCAUUCUCCAACUCCAGGAAGCUCUUCAGACAGCUCUUACUGGCGCAAAUUUCACUGUCCAAACUGCAGCUACUAAUGCAGGAGGACGUCCCAGCACCCUUCGCAUUGACCUGCCAAUCUUCAAGGGCACCCACAGUGAGAAUGUCCGUGCUUGGUUGAGCAUCCUCGAUGACCAGCUCAGCACCAGUCACAUAGCAGUUGCAGACCGUACUGUCUCUGCAUCUGGACUCCUUCGCGACAAUGCUCAGACAUGGUACUUGGCACUCAAACGUGCCAAUAACGACUGUCCACUAAGCUGGGAUGACUUUCGUGCAGCACUCCUCUGAGAGUUUGACUCUCCUACUCGGAUUGAUGAAUUACGCUCGGAGAUGGACAGGGUUCCAUACUCGGGGGAUGUCUCCAACUACUGCUUAAAGUUUUCAGAGGGUAGAAAUGCAGAUUAGCGA